CACCCCGCCUCUUUACAUUGAGAGCAGCCUUCCUGGUCAGAGUUGACUUACGGACUUUGCAGAGCUUCAGUCAUACACACAAUGAUGAACUUCACCUUGAUAACAGCUUUGAUUCUCUGCAGCCUCAGCUGGAUCUCUGACUCAGCUUCUGAGUCUCAGACUGUGAAUGUCCAGCCUGGUGAAGAAGCCUCGCUGCUGUGCUCUAAGAUGUCCGAAUCUGACUCUGUGGCAUUAUGGUUCAGAGUGGUCAACAGAACCAAGGCCAGCUCCAUUUCCACUAUGACCAGCUCUGCCAGCGAACGUCACUACUUUGAUGGAUUUCAAAAUGGAAAAUUUGAAAUGGGAUCCAACACCUCCACUGUCUCUCUUAAAAUUAAGAGAGUGAAUUUUUCUGACUCUGGGCUGUAUUUCUGUGGAUUUAACACAGCGGGACGGACAGUUUUAAGUGUGAUACAUUUAAAUGUUGAAGGCAGUGAAGAAUCUCAAGAAGACGUUGACGGAAAGUCUAAAACAGAGUGUGACAGAAUAACAAUGUUGAUGAGUGUGAUCCUGGGCGGUCUGACUGUUUUCCUCGUAAUGGUUGUCGUUGGUCUGGUUGUUAAAAACAGGAAACUUCAGACAGCUGCCAGUGAAGAACAGAAUCCACAACAGCGUGAGAAUCUGGGCUCUGAUGAGCUGAACUACGCAGCAGUGAAUUUCUGUCCAAAAGGAAGAAGAAGAGAAGUGGAGCCGAAUGUUGUGUAUUCUGCUACUAGAUAGGCUCAGGAGGCAACAAGGAAUGCUGUUCAGAGUGGAACUGAUGCUUUAUCAUAUUAAUCUGCAGUUGUGCUUUUGUGUGUGUGGUGGACAGGAGGACUUAUCAUUACUUUGUCAAAAAAAAAGAGUCUUCUUUCUAGUGCUGAGUUUUAAUUAUUAUCCCUAUUUUAAAGACGUAAUUAGAGUACAUCAAUACAGAAAGUGGAUAUUUUAAAUGCUGACUUAAUAGACUGUGUGUCUAUACUGGUAUGGGGAAGAAAAAUAGAAAGAUAAAGCAGCCAGUUUUAAACCGUGUUGCUGACAGACUUGCGUAGCACUUGAAGACACCAUGCUGCAGCACAGAUCCUAACGAAACUGGAGCCAUUUAUCUGGGAAAUUUUUCUCUCAGGAACAACACCUGUAUUUUAAAGGACAGUUGCAACUUCUAGCAUUCAGAUGGGGUGAGGGAGUGCUGCAAUGUGACUGCACUGUUCUCACAGAGAUCGAAGGUAAAAAAGAUGAAAAGAGUUUACCUUCUGAGAAGACAAAACAAUGAUCACCUCUAAAACCGCGAUCAGUGCAUGACAAGAUGUGGUAAUGCUGAUGUUGCCCACUGCAGGCAAGAAAACUCUGCAGUCAGUGAAUGUUAUUUUCUUUCAGUGUUUCUUGAGCCUUACACUCACCAGCUAGUUUGAAAAAAGUCAAUUAUAAAAAUGUACAAUCUCUGUAUCACAAUACAAUAAACAGAAAUACAACUUUAGCUUGUGGCUGUAAAACACCAAAUGUUAGCUGAGGUUCAAAGCUCAUUCCUGAAUUUGGAAACAGCAGUUGAGGAAACAGUCUCACCACACCUUUCCUUCAUGUUGGCUUAAAGCCCUCCAAACCACUGUGUUUCCUUGCUGAUCCACAGUUGAGGGAUAGUAACACAAAGUAACACAAAGAAGGAAUUUCUUAUUAAAUUGACUAUAACUUACCCACUUGAUCUGGCUAAUUCUGAAUGCUGAAGCCUCACACGACCCUUGGCUGAAUUUUGGAGUGUAUUUUGUCGUGCAUCUCUCACAUUGGAGUUGUGCUGGUAGAUGAGAUGUGGAAACAUGGUGCCAUCAACUGAGUUUUUCUUGUUUUAUUUUGUUAUUUAUUGUUGUCUUUUUCACAACAUGCGUGCCGCCCAUGUGAUCUUUAUCAUACAAUAUGACAGAGAUCAACUUUUGCACAACAGAUCGUUGAUGGACACUUUUUCACCAAGUAAAUAUAAAGAGUGUCAACAUGUUACAGUGUCCUUAAACUUUCAUCAUUUCAGCAUAAAUGUCCCAAGUCCCAGUUCCCAUCACAGACUGCCACAGAUCAGGUGUGAGCCCCCCACAUCCAAUCACAUGAAGACAAUAAAAUUAGAGAAAUGGCCAAAUCAGUCUCUUAUCUUUCUGAAAAUGUCUCAUAUCAGAUGACUCAUUUGGACUUAUUAGGAGAAAAUGCUGUGACGUCUCAUCAUUAAUUGCCUAUUAAACACAGGUGUGUUCACUCCUUUACUUUUACCUGAUGAAGACCGUCUGUGGUUGAAACGUUAUAUCAGUCAUGUCCACAUGAAAUAAAAGUAGUUUGUCUUUUUUUCAUGUGCAUCAUUUGGUCUCUACUUUUCUGUCUCUCUUCAUCAGGACGUGUCAAACGGCGCAGGCUUUGAGGCCAGUUGCACAGGGGUCGGCGUCGGGAGAAUCUGGACUCUGAUGAUCUGAAGGACGCAGCACUGACUUUGUAUUCAACAGCAAUAAGAAGCAGGAGGCCUGCAUCAGAGAGGGAAGUGGAAGCUCAUGUUAUUUAUGCUGCCAGCAGGAAGAAACUGGAACUGCAACUCUGAGUGUAACUGAUGAUUUAUCAUAUUAAACUGCUGCAACUCAGCAGAAGGACAUUUUAAUAUAGUUUCUAUAUUCAUGGUCAGUUUGCAUUUUCUUUGUGUUUUUUCUGUCUCUCUCUCAGCCAAAGUCUCUGUCUUUCUUAUUUUGUCUGCCUCCGAUCUUCAUCUGAGAGGAACAACAUCAUGUUUGAUGAGGAGGAGCCACAAAGGACACUGAUGGCAGACCAUUUGACUCGUCCUGUGAAAGAGUCUGACGGAAUAGAAAAGCUGACGAGUGUGAUCCUGGGCGGUCUGACUGUUUUCCUUGUAAUGG